AUGCCUUCAACCGACUCCUUGUCCGACCCAAAGGAAUACCAAAAGAUCUUCCACUGGGCUGAAACACAGAAGGAUGGAGUCAUCCCUUCCUUCAACACAAGACGUAACGAUCCUUAUGAGUAUCAAGCCGGCUUCGGCAAUACCUUCGUCUCUGAAGCAGUUCCUGGCACCAUUCCACAGGGCCAGAACAGUCCUCGCAACGUGAGAUUCGGCCUUUAUGCCGAGCAAAUGACUGCUACAGCCUUUGUCGCUCCCCGACACAGUAAUAAGAAGGCGUGGCUGUACCGCGCCCGUCCUGCUGUCGCCCACCAGGGCUUCACUGAAAUGCCCGAUAACAAAGAUACCGAGGCAAACUUCUUACCUCUGAACCCGCGCAUUCAUGUCUCUCCAACACAAUUGGCCUGGCACCCCUUCGACAUUCCAGAGAGCGGAGAAGUAGACUUUGUUUCAGGCCUCAAGACGGUCGCCGGUUCGGGCGAUCCCACUCUGCGUGAAGGUUUAGCCACGCACGUCUACACAGCCAACACGAGCAUGAACAAGAAGGCUUUCGUUAACUCGGACGGCGAGUUCCUUAUUGUCCCGCAGCAAGGCGCGCUAGAUAUCCAGACUGAAUUCGGGCCAUUGUUCGUGCAACCUGGUGAGCUUGUCGUCAUCCAGCGCGGAAUUCGGUUUAGUGUUCAGCUGCCUGAUGGGCCGUCGCGAGGGUAUAUACUGGAGGUUUGGGGAACUCAAUUCGAGCUUCCUGAGCUUGGCCCACUUGGUGCUAAUGGGCUUGCUAAUGCACGGGACUUUUUGAGUCCUGUUGCGAGAUAUGAGAUUGUUCAGGAGCCUUGGGAGAUUAUCUAUAAGCUUGGUGGAAAGUUCUUCAAGAGUACGCAGAAUCAUAGUCCUUAUGAUGUUGUGGCUUGGCAUGGAAACUAUGUACCCUACAAAUACGAUCUGACCAAGUUCGUCAAUGUCGGCUCUAUCUCUGUUGACCACAUUGAUCCGUCUAUCUUCUGUGUUCUCACGGCCAAGUCUCGCGAUCCCAAUGCUCCGCUAGCUGAUUUCCUUACUUUCCAACCUCGUUGGGACGUUGCAUCUCACACAUACCGACCCCCUUACUACCACCGCAACGCUGCAUCCGAACUAAUGGGUCUCAUCUACGGCGACUACGGCGGUCGCUCAGAUGCCUUCAAGCCGGGCAGUGUAUCCUUUGAAUGCGGAAUGGUCCCCCACGGCGUCGCCUACGAAGAAUUCAAAGCAGCAACAGAGAACCCGCCACCUGUGAUGCAAAUUUCCGAAGCAUCUAUCGCCUUCAUGUUUGAGUCUUGCCGUCCUUUCACAAUUACGGAUUACUCUUGGAACAGUGAGAAGAAGCAUGAGCAUGAGCCUAAGAUGUGGGAUAGCUUGGUUGACAACUUCUCCAAGCAUGCUAAGGAGGUUGAGGAGAUUUUGGCAAAAAAGGCUAAGGAUCUAUGA